AGGAGGGCGGGAAGGAGGCGGCGUCAUGGCGGCCGCGGCCAUGGCCGGGCUGGAGCGCUGGGUGUCCGGGCAGCUGCAGGAGCUGCUGGGGCUCAGCGCCCGCCACGUCCCCGCCUUCCUGGUGGCGCUGGCGCGGCGGAGCCGCAGCACCGAGGAGCUGCUGGAGCGGCUGCGGGAGACGGAGGCGCUGCGGGUGGAGGAGCCGCGAGUGCGGGAGUUCGCCAGGGAGCUGUGGGAGAAGGUGCCCCGCGAAGCCCCCCGGGAGCCCCCCGGGCGCGCGGCCGAGCGGGCGGCGCUGGAGCUGCAGCGACGCUCCCAGAGGUACCAAUUGGUGGAGAGCGACGAUGAGGGGGCGGGGCCGGCCCCGGGACACGCCCCCCGCCGGGGGGAGGAGGAGCCACGCCCCCGGCGGAGGAGGGGCCACCUGAGGAGGAGGCGGCGCUCGGAGUCCCCCGAGAGCCCCCCCGGGACCCCCAAGGGUGGCGAUGGGGGGUCACCAACGCCCCCCGUGGACCCCGAGGAGGAGGAGUGGGAGGCGUCGGAGCGGGAGCGGCUCCGGGACCUGGAGGAACGAGACGCCUUCGCCGAGCGGCUCCGGCGCCGGGACAGCGCCCGGAAAACACGCCCUGACUCCAAGGCCUACGAAGAAGCCCAAAAACGCCUCAAAAUCGCCGAGGAGGACCAAAAAACCAUGAUCCCGGAGCUGCGGAAGCGCUCCCGCCGGGAAUACCUGGCCAAGCGGGAGCGGGACAAGCUGGAGGAGCUGGAGCUGGAGAUCCAGGACGAGGAAUUCCUGUUUGGGGAGGAAUCCCUGACGGCCCCGGAGCGUCGCGACCUGGAAUACAAACGGCAGCUCCGGGACCUGGCCCGGGAAUACAAACGGGCCGGGGACAGGGAGCGCCUGGAGAAGAGCUCCAGAUACCACAUCCCAGAGGAAACGCGGGGAAAGGUUCUAGAGGAUGAUCAACCCGGGGGUGAGGAGGCCCUGGCCCCCCGUGACGAGCAGCAGCGUUGGGAGGAGCAGCGUUUGGGGGCGGCCGUGCUGCGUUUCGGGGCGAAGGACGCGGCCCUGCAGGGACCCCCCCGCGACUACGAGCUGCUGCUGGAGGAGGAGGAGAUGGUGCAGUUCGUCAGUGCAGCCCACCUCGAGGGAACAAACCCCCCCGAGGAGGUCCCCCCCGAGGUGUCAGAGCUGGAGAGGCGCCGUCAGUCAGCCCGGGAGAGCCGCCGGUGCCUCCCCAUCUUCCCAUUCCGGGACGAGCUGGUGGCGGCCGUGGCCCAGCACCAGAUCCUGGUCAUCGAGGGAGAGACCGGCUCGGGCAAGACCACCCAGAUCCCCCAGUACCUGCACGAGGAGGGGUACACGAGGCAGGGGCUGAAGAUCGGGGUGACCCAACCGCGCCGCGUGGCCGCCAUGAGUGUGGCCGCCAGGGUGGCCGUGGAGAUGGGGACAAAGCUGGGCAACGAGGUCGGGUACAGCAUCAGGUUCGAGGACUGCACCUCGGACAGGACGGUGCUCAAGUACAUGACGGACGGGAUGUUACUGAGGGAGUUCCUCACCGAGCCCGACCUGGCCUCCUACAGCGUGAUCAUGGUGGAUGAGGCCCACGAGCGGACGCUGCACACGGACGUGCUGUUCGGGCUCAUCAAGGACAUCGCCCGCUUCCGGCCCCAGCUCAAGGUCCUGGUGGCCUCGGCCACGCUGGACACACAGAGGUUCUCGGCCUUCUUCGACAACGCGCCCGUGUUCCGCAUCCCGGGGAGACGCUUCCCUGUGGACAUCUACUACACCAAGGUGACAUUGCUGGGAGCACUGGGGACACUGGGGACAUUGGG